AUGGGUCCUCACAACAGGCCGGGACACUCUGUUGAUCUAUCCAAGUAUGAUAAGCUCAAUGCUGCCCAAGCUGGUCACUUGCGUCACUUCCAUAAUCUUGCCAGCCAAAUGGAUGGGGAAUGGCAUCACAUGGGAACUCGGGAACCAAUGCAAGAAUUCCUCGAUGCCUAUCGCUAUCAGCUCGCCACCAUGGCAUACGGUACCGGUGUAGCGCAUUAUCACCGUCUACCAGCCCUGAGAAGCCCACUCAAGUCCCUCAUGCGUCGUCUGAUCCAUAAGAUGCUGCGGAGAGAGGUGUGGGCUUACUGGUUCAACACGAGUCUCUCUGGAAACCGAACUGACCCUGAUCGAACGGAGUUGAGGACGCCUUGGGCGGAUCCGGUCGUCAGGGAGAACAUCAUGUACAGCGGCCAUCUCUUGCUCAUGACUAGCCUAUACGCCAUGCUCUUUGACGACGAUGAGUUUGAGAAGCCGGAGUCCUUGACGUUUGUUUGGGAUCCUCUGUUCUUUGGUUUCGGGUCCGAGUCCUUUCAUUAUGAUAACCGUAGCUUGCAAGAUGCUAUCAUUCGCGAGAUGGAGAGGAAUGGUUGGGUAGGCGUUUGUUGUGAGCCCAAUCUGGUGUUUGUCGUCUGCAAUCAAUUUCCCUUGAUUGCGAUGAAAUACAACGAUGCUAGAGAUGGGACCGGCGUGGCUGACGAAGUCUUGGACAAGUACAAGGCGGCUUGGGAGAAGAAAGGCAUGGUUUCUCCCAGUGGGCUAUACGUCGACUGGUAUUUUGUUCGACAGGACAAGACGUUGCCGCCGAAAUCUGUUGGUUGGACUGCAUGGGCAAAUGCAUAUAUGAAUACGUGGAACUCUGAUCGCGUGAAGUCGCUGUACGAUCAACAGGUAUACGGGUUCAUCACGAAUAUCGACGGCGAGGUCCAGCUCCACGAGGAUCGCAUUGCCGGAGAAUACCGAAAGCUCGUGGAAACCGAAAAUGCGGACAAGAAUGACGCCGCCGUUCUCGCUCGAGCUCGAGAACGCGCUGCCGCCCUCCCGCCGUCGGAUUUCCUCUACUCUAGACCGACCUUCGGCUAUGUUGUCCAAUGGCUGUCAGAGCUAGGCAAGAAGGAAGAGUUGGACGGUCUACUCAAGUAUGCCGACGAGCAUCUACAGCCAACGUGGGAGAAUGGCGGACUGUUCUAUCCCAGGAACGACACCAAGACGAACGAGGCUGGAGAAUGGACGCACAUGGAUCCGUUUUCGGGGAAUGCGUCGGUUGGAUAUGCGCGACUGAAUGUGCCUGACGGACAGAAGCAGAUGUGGGAGAAGCCUCGACGGCGAGGCCACGCGGCGACGCAGCCGUGGAUUGACGGCAUUGAGCUUGGCCAGGGCAUUGAUUGUCUUCGCGGAGUUUGGGACGGUGAAGAGAGUGCUUUGGUGUUGACUCUGAAGACGUGGGAUGGCCGAAGGGUUAGUGCAGCUCCGGUGGCGAGUAACUUGCCUGCGGGAAGUUGGGCUGUUUGUGUCAACGAGGAGCUGGUGCGGCGGGAUGUUGUGAAGGAGGGCGGAGAGUUGAGUGUCGAGAUGGAGGUUGGUGGUGAAGAAGUGAACGUUGUGUUUCAGAGAGUUGAAUAA